AGCAUAGCAAUUAAAUGUUAUCAGGUUGUUGUGCCAACAUAUAGUCAUCUCUCUACGAACCCAAUAAGUGCGGAAUACUUUAAAUCACAGAAGAACGAUUCCGAUUGUACUAUGAUAGCAGUAGCUAUUCUCCAAUGGAUUUUCAAGCUGCGCUUGGAUAGCUUAAUUUAGAUCUGUGGAAUCGCCAUCUAGUUGGUUGUUUCUUGCAAAAAGUUCGAACAACAUAACAAAUGUCUUUUGUAAAGGUGGAUACUUUCGUUAACACAGAAUAAUCUUUGAGUCGAUUAAAUAUGAGCCAAGUUUCUGAUGGUGAUCCGCCGGUUAGCGCAAACUCUCCUCCGCCAGAAAACAGCUGCGUGCAAAAAACAUCGCCGUCAAGAGGUCGGCAUUUGUCCCUCGGUCCAAGAACUUAUAAUGUUARAGACUUCAGUGACUUCACUACAGCUCUGGAUGAAUUUUCGAGAUGCAUGGAUCACCAAACCAAAGCUAUUAAAGGCUGGCAACACUUUGCCGACUCUCUGAAUGUUCCUGCCGAUGUAAUACAUGUAUGCAGUCUGUGUAUGGAAUCUUCCAGUGCGACAAUAAAGUUGUKUAAAUACCUGGAGACAACUAAGCCUCAUAUGACUAUUGGCGAUCUUUGCACUGUCUUAACAAGAAAUCCGGAGAGAGCUCGGCAUGACUUGGACAAAAUGCUUAAAGGUAGCAUUAACCAUUCAAGCUUAUAUUAAAAGUCUGCCAAAAAGGGAAUGUUGAAAUGGGAAAAGCCUUCCAAACUUUGCCAAAGCAACAACAACAAAAAAUCUGAUUUCAUAUCUCGAACUAAACGCCUCUAAAUAAAAUGUGACAAG